UCCUGUUUUUUUUUUUUUGAAAAAACUCCUGUUUUUUGACUUGAUGGUAUACGCGUUUUCUAUUCAUCAUCAUAUUAUUAAUUUUAUAUACAUUACCAUAGAACAAUUAACUACUUGUAUCCAUAUAUUGUUACCUAUUUCUUUUUAACAAUAAUAUCAAUAUCACCGGCGCCGGCGCCGUCGCGUAUUUACUAUUUACAAGGUACAUUUCGUAUUAGCCGUCAUCACGUUUUUUCAUACGAAAUUGAUUGUUUCUCGCCGACCACCGAAUCCACCAUCGACGCUGAGAUUCGAUCCUCCAGUCACCUACGCCCGGCACCGCUUCCGACUUAAUAUGUAACACGCGCAACAAACUAAUUUCAAAGCUGUUAAGUCAAUAAAAGAAAUGGAUACCAUUCAGGCUUCAUCUGGUGAAAGUAAUCUAAGGGAAGUUUUGAGAUCAAAUGAAUGUGAACCUCAAUGUGAACCGACACAAUUUAGAAAUUACUCUCACUCUGAAAUAAUACUAGAAAAUUUACAAUCUCUACGCAAAAAUGAAGUUUUAUGUGAUACUGGAUUUGAAACAAAAGACGGCACUUUAGUAUUAGGACAUAAAAAUGUUCUAAUUGCAGCUAGUCCAUAUUUCAGAGCAAUGUUUGAUAAUUUUGAUGAGAGCAAUAAAGAUCUUGUUAAUAUAAGAGAAUUAGAUUCCAUGGUUUUAAAAAUAUUAGUAGAUUAUAUUUAUACUGGUGAAUUUAUUGUCACAAAAGAAAAUGCACAGGUUUUAUUAUCAAGUGCAAACAUCUUACAGUUAGAUUUUGUAAGUGCUGCAUGUGCUGAAUUUUUACAAAAACAACUUGAUGCAUCGAAUUGUCUUGGUAUCAGGGCGUUUGCUGACUUACAUAACUGUACGGAUUUGUUAUCAAGUUCUGAAACAUUCAUUAAAAAACAGUUUUUGGAAGUGGUUAAAAACUGAUGAGUUCCCUAUUCCAUUUAUCUUUUGAA